AAGACCCCUCAUCCCAUAACCCCCCCACCACAAGCACACAUCCAAGCAGCACAAACCCUAAAACCACGCCAAACAACCCUCCCCAAAUCCAAUGGCGCCGCGAUAACCCUGUACCCAGUAACCCAGGGCCCUAGCAGCGUUCCUCAGGAUCUAAUCGCAUUCCUGCAUGCGGAGUUCAGCGCUGAGAUCGAGCGCGGAGCUACGUAUCCUAUGGAACAUGCGCUGGGAUUGCAGCAAUUCGCGGAGUAUUGGUUUGGGACUUUUGCUGUUGUUGCUGUUCUGGAUGAUGGUGAGGAAGGAUUGAGAGAGGGAAGGGAGUGGAAGGAUGUUUGUUUGGGAACGUUUUAUAUUAAGCCGAAUUAUCCUGGUCGCUGCUCUCAUAUCUGUAAUGCGGGUUUCUUAACUACGAAUCUUGCCCGUGGAAAGGGUGUUGGUCUUGCAAUGGGUGAGACUUAUCUGGAGUUUGCGCCGAAGUUGGGAUACAAGUACUCUGUCUUCAAUCUUGUGUUUGCGAAUAACCCAGCUUCUAUUCGCAUUUGGGAGAGACUUGGAUUCAGUGUUAUUGGACGGGUUCCCAAGGCUGCGCGGUUGGCCAACAGUGAGGAGUUGGUUGAUGCGUUGAUUUUUGGACGGGAAUUGGGGAACUAG